AUGAGAGAACCACGCCGCUCAGUCAUUUCUUUUUCUUUGCUCUCUAUAUAUUCAUUUUCUGUGUGUAUCUCUCUCUCUUUCUCUCUCUCUUCUCUUCUCCGACCCCAUCUAUCUACAUCUCUGCGAGAAAUUUCUUCAAUCUGAACCCCUCUCUCACCCUCUCUUUUCUCUAUCCCACUCCUCCGGCGCAGCCUCUUCCACUGCCGUCCGUAGACCGGAUCGGUCACAGGCGAGUUUUGCCGGCGACCGGUUUCUGGAUCCCGAUUUCACAUAUUCGACCUAACCCCCCCAUCCCCAAUCCCACACAUCCCAACCUUUCUUUUUUAUUUUUUAUUUUCUUUUAUUUUUUAUUUUUUAAAAUUUCUGUGUCUCUCUUUUGUGUCGUGUGUUUUUUUAAAAACGUCCUUUUUGCGAAUUUACUUUUUUAGCCCUACCAAAUUCGGUUGGAAUAUAUAAUUUUUUUUUUUAACUGUUCUACUUACGUACUGUACCAGCAGAAGGUUAUUCUCAAUUUUUUACCCACCCCCACCUUCCAUUUUCAUCUCUAUUAUCGAUGAACCUGAUUUGACAGUUUUAUCCCCGAUAAAAGGACGAUUUUACCCUCACGAAAACAAAAGUCCAUAAUUACGUUCUUAUCCCUCCUUCCUCAGGUUGAAAACAUUUUUUGUGGUGCUGACGUGGCAUGAAUUUAAGGCCUUAAGAUGAGUAAUCAUCCGCGUCGGAUUUUGACACCUGGAGCCUCAACCUCAAGAAAGCGAAAAGAAAGAGAGGCCCACUAUUCCUUAAAACCGUCGAUUCAAUCGGCUUCAUCGGCCGCCGCCGCCAAGGAGCCGGCGGCGUCGAAUCGGCUUCUAGCCGGCUACAUGGCCUACGAAUUCCUAACAAAAGGGACGCUGCUGGGUCAGAAGUUCGAUCCGGGUCGGGCCGAAGCGGUGCCGGUGGGUAGCCACGGCGGCGGAGAAUGGAGGAAGACGACGACGACAAAAAUGGAAGUGAAGACGGAGGCAAGCUUGAGCAUGAAGAAGGAGCACGAGAGUUACGGUGAGGUGGCGAGCAUACUGAAGGCGGACGGGGUCCAUAUACCGGGGAUUGUCAACCCUACGCAACUGGCUCGGUGGAUUCAGAUGUAGACAUGCGAGGAGGGCGUGUUUGUACGUAAACCCACACACACACAUACACACACACAAAAAUGGGUAUGGUGUGAAGAAAGAAAGAUUAGAAAGAUGAGAGAGAGAGAGAGAGAGAGAGAGAGGGGGGGGGGUUUGGGUUUUGUGGGGUUAAUGGAAAUGGAGACGUGGCAUUCUCCUAUUGGGUUGUGGGUUUCACCACCCUCACCAGAGAAAGUUCUUUAACCUCUCUCCCUCUCUCUCGAUCUCUCGAGAAGCCAAACCCAACAAUACUGAGUUGAUGCAUGAAAGCUCACUCAUAACCCCGACCCUCUUCUUUUAUUUUUAAUUUUCCCCCUUUUUUUUUUUUUUUUUUUUUUUUCUAUUAGAAUGCUUUUCCGUCACUUUCUCGGGAAUGUUACAUACCAGCUAUGGUUCUCUCUCUUUCUCUCUCUCUAUCUGUGAAUGUGAAUCUGCUUUGUGUUUUGUGUUAACGAUUUCAAGAAUCACCAAAAUGCAUGCAUUAUUUUCGGUUUUUUGGUA